GUUUAUUUCGUAUGUCGCAAAUAAUACACCGGACAAAAAGUGGAAGAAGGCUACUUCCAUUCUCAACGAUGGAUUGUUAAAAAGAGAAGUCAGGCUAUCAUAUCGAAACAAUCACAUAAGUGGUCUGGCUACGUGUCUGACUAGGAAUGGGGUUAUUAUAACCGCGCAAGGGAAUGAUGCGCAGAUGUUCUGGAACACUGUCAAAUUGGAGAUAGGCACAAUGAAGUUGAGUUCAAUUUUCUGCCGACUAGUCUCCAUUUUGAACGAGAUGAUUUGGGUUUAUGUUGAAUCAGAAGGAUCGGAAAUUAGACGUAGAGUAAUUCUGGAAACAUCUUUUCAAAGAUCCUUCCCAAUGACACAGUACUACAAAAACCACCACUUGGAUCGGAUUUUAUUUUCUUCAAGUGAAGAUGAGAACGAUAAUUUAUUAAUGGUAGAUAACAACAGUGACGAAGAAAUUCCUGCCUUGGAUGUUAUUCUUUCUUCCCAGUCAAUUAAUCAUAUUGAAAUAUUACAAAACAAAGAAAAGCUAACUACAGAAGAGAAAGUAACCUUAAGAUAUGGUGCAUCAAGAGUUAUUGAUCUUUCGACUCACAUGAGGGUAUGGUUUACUGAAACUGAGCGUCAGGAUAUGAUGAAAGAUUAUAACGAAAUUCUCAAAAUUCCCAAAUUUAUAUAA